AUGCAACCCUCCUCCUCUUCCUCGUUCGGGAUAAAAACACAUGAGUCAUCAUUAUUUUUGGAAAAGAAGACUUUUAGUAGGACGACGACGACGACGACGAGAGGAGGAGGAGAAAGGAACAAAGCGAUACAGCUGAAAAGAUUGAGUCGUCGACGUCCCGAAAGAAGAAGAGGAGAAGAAAUCAUCAGAGGGUCGAAGGAUGACGACGACGCGUACGAGAACGUCGCUCGACUUCAAAGAGAAUCCGAAGACUUGCUUCGAAAACAACAACUCCUUCUGGAACAGCUGGAAGAGAGGAAGAGGUUACAGAAGGCUUUGCUGGAAAAGGUAGCCAGAGAAAGCACGACGAACGCGAGGGGAGUGCCGUGGAAUAGUAAUAAUAAUAGCAGUGGUGGUGGUGGUAAUACUUCUUCUUUCGUGGAUUCGGGGAUACCGGGGGUCGCCGCGGCGGUCGCCGCCCGGGCGCCUCCGCCGCCGCCCCCACCGCCGAUGCCAGUUGCGCAAGCACCUCCGCCGCCUCCUCCUCCUCCGCCGCCGCCACCUCCACCUCCACCACCACCAACAUCAACAUCAAUUCCGCCUCCUCAGCAAGUCAAAAAAGAAGAAGCUCCUAAAUGUAAAGAAAAAUUGAACAUCAUCAUGGUCGCGAGCGAGUGCGCGCCGUUUUCAAAGACCGGAGGUUUAGGCGACGUCAUGCAAUCUUUACCGAAAGGAUUGGCGAAAAGAGGUCAUCGAGUCAUGACCGUCGUUCCAAGAUACAAAGAGUACGAAGAAGGUAUCGAUACCGGCGCGAGAAUACGGUUGAAAGUUUUAGGCCAAGACGUGGAAGUUGGUUUUUUCCAUCACUACCGAGACGGCGUGGAUAUCGUAUUUGUCGAUCAUAACUCGUAUCACCACGUGCGAGAUUCCAUAUAUUCCGGCGAUCGCGAAGCACAAAACUUUCGGAACUCACUUUUGUGCCAAGCAGCGUUGGAGCUACCGUUUUGCAUCGCGCCUGGGGACGUGCCGUACGGAGACGAAAAUCUAAUCUUUGUCGCCAACGAUUGGCACGCGGCGUUGUUACCGGUGUAUUUGCAAGGCUAUUUCCGCGAUUACGGCAAGUACGAAUUUGCUCGAUCGUGUUUCAUCGUUCACAAUAUGGCGCAUCAAGGUCGUGGUCCGUUGAAUGAGUUCGAUCGAUUGGGUUUGGAUGCCGGAAAGUACAAGGAUAAAUUUUACUUGGACGAUCCGUUCGGCGGAGAGUGCAUGAACAUCAUGCAAGCCGGUUUACGAUUAGCGACAAAAGUGAUUGCGGUAUCAGAAGGGUACGCGUGGGAGAUUUCCACCGAUAUGGGUGGCUGGGGGCUAGCUCCGUGUGUGAGAGAGUUUGGUGAAGGGAAGUUAUCCGGCAUCGUUAACGGCAUCGAUUACGACGAGUGGAGUCCCGACGCCGACGAACACUUAAUGUCGGACGGAUAUACAACGUACACUCCAGAUGCAAACGGAAUAGAUGGUGGAAAAAAACAGUGUAAACUUGCUUUACAACGCGAACUCGGAUUACCGGAGGAUGAAAACGCUUUACUCAUGGGAUUUAUCGGCCGAUUGGACGACCAAAAAGGCGUCGAUUUAAUCACCGACUCCGAGGGGUGGUUUCGCGACAACCACGUCCAACUCGUCAUGCUCGGUUCCGGUCGAGACGAUUUAGAAAACGCGCUGAGAGGUAUGGAGGAAAGGAACAAAGACAAAAUUCGAGGCUGGGUUGGGUUCUCCGUGAAAAUGGCCCAUCGAAUCACCGCGGCGUGCGAUUGCUUAUUAAUGCCCUCGAGAUUUGAGCCGUGCGGCUUGAACCAACUCUACGCCAUGCGCUACGGCACGGUCCCAAUCGUCCACUCGGUUGGUGGUUUACGAGAUACGGUCCAGCCGUACGAUCCAUUCAAUAACGCCGGCACCGGCUGGCGCUUCGAUUCCGCCGAAUCUCAUUUGUUACGAGAAACUAUGGGCUACGCCUUGGGGACGUUCCGAGACCAUCGAGAGAGCUUCCGCGGAAUACAAAUGCGAGGCAUGGAAAAAGAUUACACCUGGGACGGUGCCGCGGAGAAAUACGAAGACAGAUUCAUAGACGCCAAGUACUCCUGGUAA